UGCGGUUUAGGCGUCAGGUGAAACUCGCUCCGUGAGGAAAAAGAGGACAGAUAAAACUUCCUUCGCGUGAACUUUUUGGAGAGUAUCUGCCUUAUUUAUGAACUACUGCAGAAAAGGGAACUUUUAAAAGCGGGAAGCGUCACUUUACAACAUGAAGAGCCUCAAGUAUCGGUUGAAGAAGCACGAACUCACCAUCACAAACACAGACUGGAACAAGUACGAUGAUCGGCUGAUGAAGGCGGUGGAACGUGGAGAGGUGGACAAGGUAGCUGCUGUUCUCAGCAAGAAGGGCAUCAUCCCCACCAAGCUCGAUGUGGAAGGACGCUCUGCGUUUCAUUUGGCUGCGACACGAGGACACGUCGACUGUCUCAAUCUCAUCCUGGGACACAAUGUUGACGUCACUGCAAGCGAUGCCACCGGUAAAAACGCCCUUCAUCUGGCCUCCAGACACGGACAUUCUCUGUGUGUGCAGAAACUCCUGCAGCACAACUGUCCGGUUGGAAACGUGGACCUACAAGGGAGAACGGCUCUGCAUGACGCUGUCAUGGCCGGCUGCCCCUCCAGUGUGAAGCUGCUCUGUGAUAGUGGGGCUUCUGUCAACGCCAUUGAUUUUGAUGGCAGGACUCCUUUGGUGCUGGCAACCCAGAUGUGUCAUCCACGUAUUUGUCAGCUGCUGCUGGAGCGAGGGGCUGAUUUCACCGUCCGGGACAAACAAAACAAGACGGCGCUGAUUCUGGGCUGUGAGUUCGGCUGCAAGGACGCGGUGGAGGUGCUGCUGAAGAGCGGCGCUGACGUGAAAUCAGCUGACGGCUUGGGUCACGACGCGUUUCACUACGCUCGACUCAGCAAGAACCCGGAGCUUGUUGCUGUUGUCAGAAGUUACCUGGACAAAGCUACAAGAGAUAAAGAGGCUGCAAAGAUUGAGCAGUGGAAGCGUCAGCAUUCAGUGGAGAGAACAGAAGCAGCUGAGGCUAACAGAAGGGAUCAGAUCAUACAUGACCUGGAAAGGCAGAACGACACCCUUCAGGAGGGUCUCAGGAAAUACCACCAGGAGCAGAAAGCUCUGCUGGAUAAGGUCAACAUGCUCCAGCAGCAGCUCACACAGGAAAAACUGGCUGUGGAAAACACUCACAAAGAGAAGGAGCAGUUGAAGUUGCUUCUCAGUGCCAAAGAAAGAGAGGAAGGAGCUCGAGGCCCAGAAACUGUCAAAGUCCAGCUCCGGAGUACUUUGGGGGAGUACUCUGGGCAGUCUGUUAUCAAAGGUAAAGAAAGCAUUUUGGUCAAACAAGCUCACAGCCUGGAUUCUGAUCAUAUGCUCCAGAAUCCUGCCAUGUCUCGCUCGCUGUCCAGACCUCUGGAGAAGAGUCAUCCCACCAUCGGCUGGGAUCUCUCCGGUGAGCUGGAGGCGCUCCGACAUGAACUCGAAGCCGUCAAGAGAAGACAGCAGGCGGCAGAGGAGGAGACGGCACGGCUUCAGGCUGCACUGAACCGCAAAAACCGAGAGUGCCAGGAGCUGGUUCAGAGCCGGGACACCAUCCAAAAACAGGCUGACCAGCAGGUUCAAGAACUGGAGGACGCUUUGGGAGACGUCCAGAAGAGGAUGCUGGAUUCUGAGUGUAAAGUCAAGCAGCUGCAGGCACAUGUGGUAGCUGUGAAGGAACACUUAGGAGGCCAGGCGACCGAAGAACUGCGUUCCCAGCUCCUGGACAUCAAGGCAAAGUAUGAAGGCGCUUCAGCUGAAGUCGGUCGUGUUCGUAACCGCCUCAAACAGAGUGAGAAAGCCUUGGAGGAGUACAAGAGCAGUGAGAGUCAACUAGCUGCUGAGACGGAGAGGCUGAACCAGGAACUGGGAGUUCUGACUGCAGAACGAGAUGAACUUGCAGAAACCCUUGUAGAAAUGGAGACCCAGCUGAAAGAGGCGCAGACUAAACACGGCAACACAGUGCCUGCUGAGAAGUUUGACAACAUGAAGAACCUGCUGACCAACGCAGUCGAUGAGAAAGAACGGCAGCUUGCAGAGCUGAGGGAAGACUACGAUCGAGUGCUGGAGGAGGUGGCAGAGCUGCAUCGGAAACUGGACAGUCCAUCGUCUCAGGGCGGAUCACUGGCUGACGAGGAGCAGCAGAGGAUACGAGCAGCUCUCGAAGAACAGAAUAGUUCCCUGAAGAGGAGGCUGGUGGACGUGACCGCUAAAAGCCAGGCUCUGAUCCAUGAAGUGGAGGAGAGUGAGGAGGAGAGAGAUAUGCUACGAGAGCAGCUGGAUGAGAUCAACAGCAGGAUUGAUAUGGACUUUAUACCCAUAAAGGACCACGAGGAAGUUCGGACAAACAUGGUAACAGCUCUGGAGGAGCUCGAGGACAAACUGGUGGAAGCCAGUGAACGAUAUGGAAAAGCAGAGGCACAAGUAGAGCAGCUUCAGACGGAGAGAGCCACACUGCAGGAGAACGUCAGCAGCCUGCACAGUGCCAGUGAGAAACACCAGAGUGAAAUGGAUGUUCUGAGGUCUCACAAUGCUGACCUGAUGAAGAAACUUGAACUUUUGCAGAAGACGUGUGAAGACAGAGAUAAAGAGUGUGAGCAGCUGACUGCACAGAGCCAGACUCUGAGACAGAGCCUGGAGGGACAGUAUGUUCCCAGACAGCAGCAUGAGCAGGUGAAGAUGGAGUUAAGUUCCGCUUUAGAGAGAGUUAAAGCUGAGAUGUUAAAGACGGAGACCAAGGAAAAAGAAAGUGUGGAAGAAUUGAAGAAUGUGAAAGAAGGAAAUGAAAAGUUGAAAGAAAAGUUUGAAAAAGUUCAGCUGGAGAUUAAAAAGGACUAUGUCAGCAUUAAAGACCACAGAGCUGUGACAGACAAGUUGAAUGCUGCUGUUGUUGAGGCGGAGAAUCGAGCAAACGAAGUGUCAGCAAUGUAUGCAUCGGCUCAGGAGGAAACAGUAAAACUAACUCAAGAACUGGAGGCCCAGAAGAAAGAACUAGACACCAUACAGGAGGCUAUUCAGUCCAAGUUUGUCCCACUGACAGCAGCUGAGGAGAAAGAAACCUCUUACAGUGCACAGGUGAAGGAGCUGACAGUCAAACUGUUGGAAAUGGAAGAAAAGUACAACCAAGAAAAGACCGCCAGGGAGAGCAGCAAACAGGAGAAAGAGAAACUUAAAGCUGAGAUUGAAUCUGUUCAGCAGCAGCUGGACUCUGCUCUGGUUUCCAGUGAAAAGCACAGAGAAGUGGAGGAAGAGUUCAGCUCUAAAUAUGAGGAACUGAACUACAAGUUUGUCAGUUUAGAGCAGGAGCACCAACAGUUAACAUGUCAGAAAGCUGAGCUUCAAGACCAGAAUGCCCUCUGCAACACUCAGAUCCACAACCUCCAGGAGCGUCUGAAAUCAGAGCUGACUCGGAUAGCGACGUACGACUCGGAGCUUCAAGCUCUCCAUGACGCCAUGCGGCAGGCUCAGUCCGACUGCAAGAAAGCAAGAGAGGCUCAGCAGGAGGAGACCCAGAAGGUUUGUGUCUUGCAGAAAGAACUUCAGGAACGCCGUGGGGAUCACGCUGCUCUGCUGCAGCAACACGCCAAGGCCAAAGAAGCUCUGGAGGCUGAAGUCGCGAAGCUUCAAACGGAUCUCCGUGAAGAGGAGGAGAGCAACACCCAGAGGGCCGAGGACAUAUCUGCCCUGCAGUCUGAACUCCUUCAGGCCACGGAGGCUCUCGAAGAGAUUCGCUACAAGGAAGACCAAAUGAACCAGCUGAAGAAGGAGAAGCAGCAGCUGGAGGAGGAGGCUGCCAACCUGAGCAACAAGCUUCUGAGCUUAGCAGAAGAGUGUGAAGAGGCUCAUCAGGAGGCGACGCAAGCUAGAGAGGGUGAGAGCAGUGCCAAGACGGAGAUGGAGGCGGUUCAGGAGAAGGGACGAGCCAUCGAAAGGGAGAUUAGAGACCUGAAGGAGAGGUAUGAUGAGUCCCUCAGCACCAUCUGUGAUCUCCAGAGGAGGAUUCAGACUUCAGCUCAACAGACUGAAGCCAAAGACAAGAAGAUCACAGAGUUGCUGACGGACGUGGAGAGAUUGAAGCAGGCGCUGAAUGGUCUGUCCCAGCUGGCAUACACCAGCAACGCACCCAAUAAGAGGCAGACGCAGCACAUCGACACACUCCAAGCCCAGAUCAAGAGCCUACAGCAGCAGCUGGCUGAUGCUGAGAGGCAACACAGAGAGGUGGUUUCAAUUUAUCGAACUCAUCUCCUCAGUGCAGCACAGGGCCACAUGGAUGAGGACGUCCAGGCUGCUUUACUACAGAUCAUCCGCAUGAGACAAGAGUUUGUAUGCUAAGGCUUGAAAACACGAUGCUUCCUGCUGACUCAAAUUCACCAUUUUCACACCCUCCUCUGUAAAAUCGUCCCCGCUGAGGCCCCUGUGGGUGCCCAGUGUGCCUUUGUCCACAAAUUUCUCCAAACAGGCUAUAGUGAAAUCCAUUUUUUGUGCCGUCGCUGCACUGAUUCCCACAUAUCUGUGUGCUGUGCUGACAGGUGAAGAACUGCAGCCUCUCCAGGUACAAAUGUGUCUUUUCAACUUUAGUUGAACCAUCAGAAUAAUAAUAAAUCACUGCAAGCCAAUGAUGUGCAUAAAGCUGACCAGUGAAAACCUAAUCAGCUGCUAUUAUUGAGUUCUACAUUUCAGUUAAAUCUUUUAUAAAUGAUGCAAAUCUGUUCAUUUCAUGCAGCUUUAGCUCUAUAAUCAGUAACAUGGAAGAUCCCUUUAAUACGCAGAGACCACUUUUCACAUUCCCACCUGACAGUCAGCUCUCAUACAGCAUGAUUUCAUAUUCAGCCGGUGUGUUUGAUAGAAUUUAAAGGACAGGUUCACAUGUUUGCAUCCCACUGAGGAAGUUACUGGAUGCUGUAAUGAUUCCUCCAACAGCUGACACAAACUGUCAGAUACUAAUUUACACAUAAAAUCAAUCUGAGCGUGUUAAUAUGACAGUUAUAGAAUGCGAUGAAAUGCAUAAGCAAUAUCAAACUCAGCGGAGGUGCAUUAUCUCUAUAUAGGAGCUGAACAGAACAUUUUUUGUUCUGUGGCUUCUGCAUUAAAACUUCAGACUCCAUCCUGUUCAGUCUAAAACUCCUGAUGGCAUGAAUUUAAAGUCGAGUGGACGUGAUAAUCCUGUUUGCUUUUUGAGCUGGGGUUAACAUGUUUUCAAAAGACUGAAAUCUAGCAAAUAAGUUCAAUGCUUUCAGUAAAAUAAAUAAAAUGCCAGCAUUUUCCAGAGGAGUUUAGUUUAUGUUGGCCGUAGAGAUGCAGUGGAGUCUUUUUCAUCCUGACAUCUGUACUUCCUUUGUGAAAAAGGAUCAUUUUACUCUGAAAGACUCUCUGUGGUUUCCUCUGAGCUGCAGGGAAGACUACAUGUUGUCGUAACUUCAGAAGAAACUAAAUCUGAUUGCUCGAAGCCUCAUACUGACCCUGGAGUUAAUUUUUGAGUGAAGAUUUGAUCUCCGUCUCGUACAUUAGAAUAACAUUUGACACGGAUCCCUUCAGAGCCAGAGAGGAUCACAGCCACCAGUAAAUCAGUCAGUAUUCAGACAACGUUGGAGAAAACGUGAACCUGUCCUUUAACCUCGCUCAUGUCAUUCUUUGAGUCACUUAUCGUCUUCUGGAGGUCCAAACUAGCCAGAUACCAAAGACCUGAAGUUGAUCCAAAUCUCUUUGUAGCCGACUGUUUGCGGUACGUUUGGGAGCGUGUUCAGUCCCGUCACAUGUUGCCGUGGUCGUGCUGGGGUUGUGGAGUGGAGAUCUCUUGCUGUGUCCUACAGUUUGCAGUGGCACGUCGUCUUUUUGUUGAAACCAGAGUGUCCUCUAGUGGUGAGACUUGGCAGGCCAGGUUGAUAGAAACUGUAAUAAUCCCCGCGGCCCAGAGGCAGGCAGCUGUCAUUUUUGGAGGCUGUGAUGUCUGCACAGAGUAGAGAUAAAUUAACCAUAAAGCUUCCAGAUAGAUGUGAGAAUAUAAAAUGUGAACUGACAGCUUUAUCUACUAAUAUCUGCAGGACUCCAUUUAAACCAGGCCCCUUUCUAAAAGCAGCUGAAGCUUCAUUUAAUUGGUGCAGCUCUCCUGCAGCGACGGUUGCGUACCUCUGAGCCGCCUCGUUGUGACUCCUGAUGGAUGUAGUGUCGUGGUGUUGUGAUUGUUGAGCGAGUCUCUUGUGCCUUUACACUGAUAUAUUUUUCAUAGCUUUGUACUACUUUAAUUACUGUACUACAGUGUGACAUUUCUGAUAUUCAGCAGGUCUGGACGUAGAACGGCACAAAACAUGUUCAGGGUAACAUUUAGUGUAGGAUGUCCUUUAAUAAUAAAACAGCAGAUCCCUUCAUAUAUGUGGAUAAAUCACCCCAUUAGUUAUUUGAAGCACUCCUGUCUUUAGCACUCCGCUAACACUCUUCACUAGGUAGAAUUUCUUGCUCUCUGUUUUUAUAUUUCAGUCAAAAAACUCUACAUGAAUGAUAGUUUUUAAAAAAUGACACUUGUUGCAUUUUGCUCUGCAGAUGUUAAGGAUUAACACUGUUUUUAUGGGAUAUCUCUUAGCAUCUUCCCUCUAACGUUAGCAGACGAUAAACUGAAUCCAGUUAAAUCUCAAAAUAGUAAAUGUACCGUUUAACAAAUCUGUUUGAACUGGAUGUGUUCUCUGACAACAAUAUUUGUGUUUGUUAAUCAAUCAUACAAAGUCAAUAAAAGUGCCUAACAUAGAAAACUA